GAGGAGCAGGGGAGAGCUUCAUCUGUCCACCUGAGCGGCACAGGGGUCGUGACCUGUGCCCACGGCCGAUCAGAGCGCGGGGCAGACGGGCAAAGGGCGGAGGUGAGCACGGGUAGAGCUGAGCGAGAAGGAGAACAAAAGAGAUCUGACCUGUAACUUGCUCCGGUUUGGUCUCCGUGAAGAUAGAAAGGGUCAGGAUGAUGGGCAGGACCGUAUCCAGCAGUGGACUCUGUAGUUUGGAGCUGCGGUCGCUCUGCUCUCUGGCCUCCUCUGCACCUCCCAACAAACUGCACGGACUACAUUACCCAUCAGGCAGCGGGGGCAGGAAGUACCGCACACAGCACCAGCCGGGUCAAGUGGGACAGGCUCAAGUCAACCAAAUCCUCAAGGCCUAUGAAUACAGCCACUCAUUCCCCAAAGGUUCCGCAUCGCACGGCGUCCUGGGUUUCCACAGUAACAUGCUGCCCUCCAACCAUCCCAGUGAGGACCGCCGCAGCAGCGCCACCUGUCUGCCGGGCCGGGGAGGGGUCAUGUUCGGCGUGUUCGAUGGACACGCUGGAGCCGCCUGUGCACAAGCUGUGAGCCAUAGACUGUUCUACUACAUGACUGUGGCCAUGCUGCCUUUAAGGACCUUAGGAGAGAUGGAGAGUGCAGUGGAGGAGGACAGACCUGCACCCCCCCUCCUGGAGUGGCACAGGCACCCGAGGGACCCCUGUGAGCUGGACUAUGGGACCAUCCCCGUGGACAGUCUCAGAAACUACUGGCAGGACCGACUGCAGCAGGAAGAGGAGGAGGCUGAGGAGGACGAGGAGUCUGUGAGCUCUGGGCUGAUCAGUGCCUUCAAACGUCUGGACUUUGACAUUUCUGUGGAGGCUCAGGUCCACCUCUCCAGGGGGAGCAGUGGCUGUGGCUCGACCCCUCUACACGUGGCCUUCUCUGGGUGCACAGCCUGCGUCGCCCUGGUCUCUAAUGGGACCCUCCAUGUGGCUAACCUGGGGGACAGCCGGGCGGUGCUGGGGGUGCAGGAGGCAGAUGGGAGCUGGUCCGCCCUCAACUUGACCAACGACCACAAUGCGCAGAACCCCGACGAGCUGCAAAGGAUCAUGGGAGAACACCCACGCUCUGAGAAACGCACCGUGGUCAGACAUGACAGACUGCUGGGUCUGCUGCUGCCCUUCAGGGGUUUUGGAAACAUGAGGUUCAAAUGGAGUCCUGAGAUGCUGAGUCAUGUGAACGAGAAAAAACAGGACAUGAUGUUACCUCCUCACUACCUCACCCCUCCGUACCUCACGGCGGAGCCAGAGGUCACGCAGCACCGGAUCUGCCCCAGAGACAAGUUCUUGGUUCUGGCCACAGAUGGACUCUGGGAGCUCAUGCACCGACAGACUGUGGUCCAACUGGUGGCCCAGCAGCUCACAGGCCUGCAGUACCAGCGCCCUCUAGUGCCGGGGGCUGGCAUGACUCUGGGGGGGCUGCAGAGGUUGCUGGUGGAGCGAAGGGGGCGUGUCCAGGCGGUUUUGGAGGACCAUAACGCGGCCACACAUUUACUCCGACAUGCUUUAGGGGACGACGGAUACGGAGCGGUGGCCCCCAACAGACUGGCCAAGAUGCUCAGCCUGCCCCCAGACCUGGCCCGCCGUUACCGUGACGACAUCACCAUCACUGUCAUACUGCUCAAUGAACCCGACGUGUGAGGAGCCCACAAUGUGAACAAAAGAAGAACUAAAGAAACUGGUUAUUAAAGUAGCACUGUGUAACUUUUCUUGAAGACAGUCCACCACAUCUCGUCUCCAUGGAGAUGUUAGCUCUGGGUUUCAGAUGAUAUAACAUCACACAACAUGCUAUACUGCCCUAAAAAGAUGUAACUCUCAGAAAAAUGACUUCAAAGUUUUUGUUUUGUCCAGACAAAACUAUAAUAGGUAGAGCUCCCAAAAUUUGACAACUACUUGCUUUACUGAAGAAAUAUUUGUAUGUGAAAAAUAUUGAGCUCAAAAUUCACCUUUGACUCUUACUUGCCAGUUCCUGUUCUCUGUCUUUGUAUCAUGAACCAAAAACAAGGAGUUGUGCAAAGACAAACGGCAGAAACUGACAUGAUCAUUAUUUGCUUGAUUUUCUCCAGACUUCCAUCCAUUAUAAGAAAAACAUCUUACCAAGGUAAAAAAAUAAGAAUGGACAAUCACAUGUUUGGGGUUGAAUAAUGGACUCACUUGAUGCUAUUGUAAAAAAAUGAUUUCACUUUUGUUUAUUUAUAACAGAGAAGAUGUUGGACUUUGUGACACUUUUUGUUUCUUGUGCAUAGGCCCAGUAAUUACAGAGAUAUGAACCAUAAACCAGGCAAACAAAUCGACAAUAAUCACAGUUAAACAGCAAAUUCUUUCAUCUCCAUUUAAAGGAUUCUAAUGUUUUGAGAUCACGUGAACACGACAUAUUCUUAUAAUUUAUACAGUAAAUAUCUCUGAGACCCAUUUUCCUGAGAGAGCUGAGCCUGUGAGAGGAGUGCCUUUGGAGGUGAAAACAGUCUGUUAUGAAUAUUCAGAGCACCAUAUGGUCCUGUGAUUGUAAAUGGGGUGGAAAGAGGGUUUUUAUGUUCGUGUCACAAAUGGGAGCAAUGCUUUGAGCUGCCACCGGGAGCAGCAAACACCACCGGCUUUCACAGGAAUGGAGAGAGACAAGGAGUGUAGGAUACAAUUCCACCAUUAUAACCCAUAAUAACAUAUAAACAACUUUAAAGGGGCACUGUGUAAUCUUUCUGCUGAAGAGUUCACCACCUGUUUGUUGUCACAGAGGGCGGCAGUAGCUCAGCUGGCAGAGCUUUCCUCCAAUGAUUUAAAGGUUAGUGGUUCCUGCUCUCAACAUAAACAUCAUGGGUU